CGGAGAGCCCCAGCCGAGGAACUGAACUGAGGCCACAUCUCCAGUUUUUAAAACUUUAUUGAAGGGACUACAGAGAUUGUACAUCAUGUAUAGCUUUGUAGGUCUAUCCACCCGUUACAGGCGGUUACUCCUGGUCAUAGCUGUUCUGUUCACCAUAGCCGAGGCCCAAUCUGCCAAUAAAAUUUUUGGCGCCAAGGGUGACCGAGGACCAAAAGGAGAGCCUGGAGAGGCCUUCGGAGGCGGUGGCAGCGGGUUUGUACCAAGAGCUGGGCCACCAGGAAACCCAGGACCCCCAGGACCAUCUGGAUCUCGUGGUGAGAUUGGUGAUUCAGGACCAUCCGGACCCUAUGGACAGAAGGGAAAUGCUGGAUCUCGUGGAUUGAAUGGACUUCCCGGUCAACCUGGACGCGCUGGACCACCAGGACCCCCAGGAACCAUUGCCCAGAGUGCCAACAUUGGACAACAAUCUUACAAGGGAGUCCUCCCAGGAGCCUACCAGUACCCACAAGCCUCCGUUCAAGGACCCCCAGGACCACGUGGUCUUCCAGGUAGCGCAGGAAACCGAGGAGCACAAGGUUUGAUGGGACCUGCUGGACCUACUGGUGAGCCCGGACCCUCUGGACCAUCUGGACCCGCUGGACCCCCAGGACCUCAGGGACGUGGUGGUGAUGAUGGUGACGAUGGCAAAGAUGGAGCCCAAGGACCCUCUGGACCACCAGGAAGCACUGGACCAAGAGGUACCCCAGGCAGACCAGGAUCAAGUGGCAUGAAGGGACAUGCUGGAUUCCCAGGACUUCCAGGAAUGAAGGGAGAGACAGGAAACAAGGGAGACCGUGGAUCUGAUGGUGCAACUGGCCCCUCUGGUGCCCCUGGUCUUCCAGGAGCCCAAGGUUCACAGGGAGAGAGAGGACGUAAUGGAGCCCAAGGAGAGGCUGGCCCAGCUGGUUCUGAUGGUUCCCCAGGAUCCCAAGGACCUUCUGGCCCACCAGGACCAUCCGGUGCCCCAGGAAUGCCAGGACCAUCAGGAGCAAAGGGAGAUGCUGGUUCCCAGGGAGGACGUGGACCACAGGGUCUUCAGGGUGUACGUGGUGAGCGUGGAUCAGAUGGUUCUUCAGGAGCCCCAGGAGCACCCGGUGCAGCAGGACGUGAUGGCAGCGUUGGAUCCAAGGGAGCAACUGGUGCCCCAGGACCCAUGGGCGCACCCGGAUUCCAAGGAGCUACUGGAGCCCCAGGACUUCCAGGAGCAGUUGGAGCAUCUGGAGCUAAGGGAGACCAAGGAGCACCUGGACCAAGUGGUGAGCGUGGAGAGAAUGGACCACCAGGACCCACCGGUGAGAGUGGACCACAAGGAAGCCCAGGAGAGUCUGGACAAGAUGGAGCCAGAGGUUCCCGUGGAUCCCCUGGACCAACUGGACCAAUUGGUGCCCCUGGCGAGCGUGGAUCAAUCGGACCAAUUGGAGCCCCAGGACCUGCUGGACCACAGGGAGCUAAGGGAAACACUGGAGAGCGUGGAGCCAGAGGAGAGCAAGGACAGAAGGGAUCCGAGGGAGAGCCAGGACGUGCAGGAGAGCCAGGAAUACCAGGAUCACGUGGAUUGACCGGAGCCCCAGGCAAAGAGGGACGUGAUGGAAAGCCAGGACCAGCUGGACCAUCUGGUGAUGACGGUCGCCCAGGUAACCAAGGAGCUCAGGGAGCUCGUGGACUCCCAGGAAUGCAAGGACUACCAGGAGCCCCAGGAGCAACUGGUGACCGAGGAGCUGAUGGUGCCCCAGGACCAUCCGGUGCUCAGGGAGCUGCAGGUGAGGCUGGAAAACAAGGAAAUGCUGGACCCCCAGGACCCUCUGGAAGCCCAGGAUCUCAAGGAGAGCGUGGACCAUCUGGACCCCAGGGAGCCGGUGGACCAAUGGGACCCCCAGGACCAAGCGGACCCGUUGGUGAGGUUGGACCUGCUGGAGAUGUUGGACCACCUGGUGAAUCUGGACCCUCUGGACCAAUGGGACCACGUGGCGAGCGUGGAUCUGGUGGUGAGCGUGGACCCGCUGGACCCUCAGGUCUUCCAGGAAAGCGUGGAACAGCUGGACGCAGUGGAUCUGAUGGAAACAAGGGAGAGCCAGGACAGAAGGGAGAUGCUGGAAUUCAGGGACCAUCUGGCCCACAGGGAGCCCCAGGUGAGCGUGGACCCGCUGGACCAUCAGGACCUGCUGGACCAGUUGGAUCUGUUGGACCAUCUGGAGCCCCAGGACCAUCUGGAUCUGAUGGCGCUACUGGACCCAUUGGACCUAUUGGACCAUCUGGAGCUAUUGGCAUGCCAGGAGCCCCAGGAGAUGCCGGAGAACCAGGACCAUCAGGUGCUACUGGACCACGAGGAGACACUGGAGAGCAAGGAGCAUCUGGACCCCCAGGACCACAAGGUUUCGCUGGCGCCACUGGCCGCCCAGGAAUCCAGGGACAACGCGGAGAGAAUGGACCAUCUGGAGAUAGAGGAGAGUCUGGACCAGCUGGACCAACUGGAGCCCCAGGUGAUGCCGGAGCCCCAGGACCCGCUGGAGCAGUUGGCGCCCCAGGAGACCGUGGAGAGUCUGGACCACAGGGAUCUCAAGGACCAUCUGGACCCAUGGGACCAGUUGGAGCACCAGGACUUGCUGGACCAACUGGACCAGCCGGACCCUCUGGCCCAUCUGGAAAUGACGGACCACCAGGAGCCCGCGGAGAAUCUGGUUCCCCAGGCCGCUCUGGAGACCAAGGAGUUCAGGGACUUCCCGGACCAUCUGGAGAGAAGGGAGACCGUGGAGAUGAUGGUGAUGUUGGAUCUGCUGGACCCCCAGGACCACCAGGACCUGCUGGACAAAUCGGAAACCUUGGAAUCAACGGACCACCAGGACCACGUGGAGGCUCCGGCCCAGCUGGUAUCAAUGGAGAGGCUGGACGCUCAGGAAAUGAUGGAGCACCAGGAGAGCGUGGAGCUCCAGGAGCACCAGGACCUGCUGGCAUUGCUGGACCAUCUGGAGAUGCUGGACCAGAGGGUGAGAAUGGACGUGACGGUGCCCCAGGACCAAGCGGAGCUCGCGGAGAUAAGGGAGACCAAGGACCAGGAGGACCAACUGGACCACCAGGAGCCCAUGGCCUUGCUGGAGCCCCAGGACCAUCUGGACCCGCUGGUGAGCGUGGAGACUCUGGCUCAUCUGGACCUGCUGGACCCGCUGGACCCUCUGGAGCACGUGGAAACACUGGACCUUCUGGACCCGCUGGCCCAUCUGGACCUGCUGGUGAGCGUGGAUCUAAUGGAGCACAAGGAGCUAAGGGACACCCAGGACAGCCAGGCCUUCCCGGAAUCCAGGGACCACCUGGAGUUGCUGGAGAGAUUGGAUCCCCUGGUGAAUCUGGUGCUGCUGGACAAAGAGGACCCCCAGGACAGCGUGGAAACAAUGGAAAGGAUGGUGUUGCUGGACCCCGUGGAUUUGAUGGACAAGAUGGACCCCGUGGACCACGUGGAUCUGAUGGACCAUCUGGACCCGCUGGACCUGCUGGACCCCCAGGACCCCCAGGACCCCCAGGAGAGGUGCAAGCUAGCUACGGACUCUCAUACCCAUACGCCGCCAGCGCAGGAAAGGGAUCAAGCGACCCAUACGGUAGCUAUGGUGGAUAUUACGGAGACAAGCCAGUCAAGGGCAAGCCCAUGGAUAACACCGAGAUCAGGAGCGCACUUGCCUCACUCGACAAACAGAUCAACAGCAUCCGCUCACCUGACGGCACCAAGGGCAACCCAGCACGUACCUGCAAGGAUCUCUUCAUGUGCAACCCAACUUUCCCAACUGGACACUACUACAUCGACCCCAACCAGGGAUGCACUCUUGAUGCCUUCAAGGCCCAAUGUAUCAAGGAGACCGACGAGACUUGCAUUGAGGCUAAGGAUGUUGAGUACAAGACUGUCUUCAGUGGUACAUCUAAGAGCGUCUACUUGAGCACCCUCAAUGACGGCAAAGUUAUCGAGUACAACAUCACCGAUGCUUCCCAGCUUACCUUCCUCCGCCUCCUGACCACCAACGUCUCACAGACCAUCACCUACAACUGCAAGAACUCCAUCGCCCUCGGUGAUGCCAAGAGAUCUCUCAAGCUCCUCACCAGCAGCGACGUUGAGCUGACGAACGAAGAAGGGAAGAACCAGUACGAUGUGAUCAGUGACGAAUGCACAGUAAGAGAUGGUGAAUGGCACAAGACAAGAGUUGGUUAUGAAUCCACAACAAGAAGCAGCCGUCUACCGAUCAUCGACGUUGCCGCAGGCGAUAUCGGCGGUGUUCUCCAAGAGUUUACUUGGGAAAUUGAGCCAGUGUGCUUCGUCUAAACAGUCUUAACCAAUAACAUUGACUCUUGUGUGAAUAUAGUAACUUCUCUAAAUAUUAAACAUGUCUCAGUGCUAGCAUUCAUCAAGUAGCCAAUUUUUUAUGUCUGUCUUUUUUUUAAAAACCCCGUUCUAGAGAAUGCAUUGUCUUAUUAAAUGACCUCCUUAAAAGUAGAAAUAAGCAAAGUAGACUGCCUCAUUUUCAUAAAAAAAAAAAUACUUUUUUUUAUUGAUGUGCAUUUCCAAUGGUGCUUUAAGUAAAUGUUUGUUUUUAAGUAUUCAGUGUCUCAAUGCAUGUCCUACUUGAGCUUAAAAAAAAUCCCAUAACAUUUGUAGAUUAAAACACAACACACUAUUCCAUUGAAAUAGAUUGCAUUAGAAACAGACUACUUUAUGUAUAUCAGUUUCCUCGCCUUGACUGCAGGCAUAGAAAGUACUGAAGUAAAAUCAAACAAAACUGUUAUAUUUUGUAACUAUUAAAGCCAGUUGCUGUGGGUAACAAUAUAAAAUUUGAAAUACUUUCUACGGUUUUGCAUUUUAUGAGGUGUGUUUAGAUGUAGAGUGGUUAUUUUAGUAAAUAAAUGACGUGUGCUUUGAAAUUUUGUCCAGAAGGAAAGAAUUAUAUCUGAAAUGGUAUCCAUCAAAGUUUGAAGAUUUCGUUGAUUGAUUCCAAGGUACAGGUCCAAAGUGUCACAAUCUUGCCAACUGUAUUUGUCCAACUGAAAAAAAAAGUCUUAAAAGUUUCUUUUUAAAAAACAAAAUACUUAAAAUUGAAGCAACCAUGCUGACUCAGGUCGACCCUUGAGGAAGUUUCCUACAUUCAUAAACAAAAAUUGUAGUAAUCUAUAUAUUUUUAUAACAAGUAACCAUUGUAUAAUCUACCAGUAUAUUGUGAUCACACUUUCCAAUUUAGUGUUUAGGACAAAAUCAUGCAUGUUGUUUAUACAAGGGGUUAAUCCCUGUAAAUUUAAAAAAGUAUUGACAAAAUAUUGCUGCAUUUUGAAAAGGUUAAAUAUACAUCGUGCAAAUGUCUUCCAUGGGAAAGACUUGGUGCUUCUAAAAAAAAAAAACAGUUGUCUGAAAGUUGCCUUUUUCAUUUCUCGGUUCUCUUCUGAUUUAUCUCCUUCUUCCACUAGAGGGCGUUGAUAAACAUGCUCAAAGGGGUAUUAACAAUGCAAGACCCCUCAUAAAAAUAGCUGUAAUUUGUUGGGUAAAAUGUGAACCCAAAGUGCAAUUCAGCAAAUUAAUGUAGCAGAAAGAAUUGGUCUUAAGUUGAUCUAUUUAAGACAACAAUUCUUUGUUCUUCUUUAGUGAUUUCUUGCCACAGCAAGUUGCCUCACUAGUAUCCCAUUGUGCAAGUUAUCAACCUCUCAGCCUGUUGGAGGAAGUGAAAUUGGUUUUGUAUCAAAAUAUAUAUAAAAUAUUUGUACAAAAAGAUUAUGAUUUUUCAGUUGCAUGAAUACACUGCCCAGCUAGCGCUUGCUUGCAGAUAGUACAAACUCUCACUCCACGUGAUUCUACUUUGUUCGUGUUUCUUGCUUCACCCUCUGAACCUUGUCUUUAUGAUCAAACUCACUCCACUCUACCCAAAUCUGGCCCAAAAAUAUGUUCACAGACGAAGAAGAAGUUUUAAACUUGUGGGGGUUGGCAAAGCAUCAAAAAUUGUUAUUUGUUUGGAGCUGAACCCCCCCCCCCAAUUAAAGGGAAAUUGAUAAAUCAAAGCAAGGGAAAGUCAAAAUUAUGACUUAGAUCUCAGUGGUGCUCAGUCUUAAUUAUGAUAUACAAGCCAUACAAUGUAUGACUUGUUCUAAGUCUAUUCGUGAAAAAUAAUAAUUUUCCUUCAGUGUUUCCAAAAGUAGAUUGUCACAAUAUUACAGGAAGUCUGUUUUCCAUUUCUUUUUUUUCCCCUUCAGAAAAUUGUUUUGGAUAAGGCCUGAAAGGUAUAUUAAAACCUACACCAUUUGUACUUAAAAGUCA